CUCUCGUCGUCCGCACACCAGUCGCAGAGCAAGUGCCAGCUAUGCAGAGGUCCGCUGACUCGCCUCUCUUCACCACCACCUCCUCGUCUCAGCUCACCUGCCUGCUGCCAUCAGUGCCGGUCAUGCAGGAGCACCAAGACACACACGCCAAGCGCGAAGGAGGCGUCAUGCGAUGGAUCUUGGCUCUCGUCGGCGCGAUGUUCGUCGCAUCUAUCGUGGCGGCGGCUUUUGGGAUGGCCCACAUCAACGGCACUGAUGUGGACGCCUCUGACAGUGUCUUGUCGGGUGGGAGGCGUGCGCUGCGGUUCUCUAUCGGCUUUGCGAGCGGGAGCGGUCGUGGCCGGUCGUCGGGUGUUGCGAUCUCUGUCGGCGGGGGGAGAUCAGCCGAUGUUGAAGAGGGAGUCGCUGCAUGCCCUUCGGGGUACUCAUUCGACGGCAGCAGGUACCUGCUAGGUUCACACACAUACACGACGGGCAAGCGCAUUGAGACGAGAAUGUGCUGUGCUGUGCUGGCUGGAUCACCGCACUUGCAGGUGUGUUCUCGGUGGCGUGCGCAAGCUCCACGGCCACCUGCGCCGCCUUCAGUACGGCGGUGGUGGAGACGACAGUAUGUUCGGCAGCAUGAUGGGCAGGGGUGGCGGCCGUGGUGGGAUGGGCAGGGCCAACAGCUGCCCAACAGGCCAGACCUUCGUCAACGGCAUGUGCCGGUCCACUAUGAGGGGCGGGGGUCGGCAGCUGCAGUACUAUGGCGGCGAUGACACGACUCGUGCGCCGCCAACCUGCCCUGCUGGCACCUUCUACAACGGCAUAUUCUGUCAGCCAUCGGCAGGCACCACCACCACCACCGAGAGCACCGAAGGCACAGGAGGCAAUCGUCAGCUGCAGUAUGGUUCGUCAGGGUACGGGGGUGGCUCAUCCGAGGCGGUCUACGUCUGCCCCGAGGGCAUGGUCUUCGACGGCGUCGUUUGUCAGCCCGAGAACGACGACACGGCUGACGGAGGCACCAGGAGGAGGCAGCUCCAGUACGGCAGUCGAGAGAGCGGGUCGUCAUCCGCCACAUUCCCCGCGGCACAGGUGACGCGGACCUGCCCCGCCGGCACCUUCGACAACGGCAUAUUCUGUCAACCAUCACUCGACACGACCAGCAGUGGCGAGGAGGACAACGGGGGCACCCGACGGUUGCAGUCGGCGCCGUCUGUCUGCCCGCCCGGCUUGGUCGUCACGGAUAGCGGGUGUGUGUCAGCGACCGCUCAGAGGAGCCCAACACAGGCUGAGCGGCGCAACGAGGGAGGGGGGUUCUUCAGCAGCAGCUUCAUCAGCAGCGGUGGCGGCGAGCUGGGCACCAUCUCUCAGUCGCAAGCCGAUGGCAACCUUGGUGGGUACUGACAUGACAUGAUGUGAUGGACGAUGGGUGGAGUGGAGUGAGGAGGGAGGGAGGAGGGGAGGGAGGGAGAGGCUGGCUGGUUGGCUGGCUGUAGAGCGCUGAGAGAGUGUUUGCCCAUGCGAGAGAAGUACAUGUAUCUCUCGUUGUGCCAGUCUAGUCGAUCCGCCAGGUUUUCUAGUCAUCCUGGCAUCUUCAUCCGCUUUUUUGGCGCAGAGCGCGCGUGUACAGGCCGGCUGCCCCGCCAGAUCUCCCUCCUCCCUCUGUCCGUGCUGUGUCUGUCCGUCUGAUGGUUGAUCGCACCCCCCGGUAUCGCAAUGCCAAGCAUAUGUCGAGGCAGUCUGUAUGUGAGCACGUGUUUGUGCCUGUGAAUGUGUUGUGUGGAUACAUGUCGCUCGCACCUCUCUGUUGUGGAUAUUUAUGUACUUCUAGAUUCGCCAUGAUGCGCGCGGAAGGAUGGCUGGGUGGGGGAGGGAUGGAGCGGCAGAGGAACGGUGUGUGUGUGUGUGUGGCGUGGGGUCGUUUUGCUCUGCGAUGCAGAAGAUCAUGGGAGGUGGCAGACGUCCGGACGGUGUGCGAUGUGUGAGUGUGUGUGUGACCCAUGCGACCGCCAAUCUUUUUACCGAUGGUUGCACUAUGUCAUGUAUGACACGCCAUGAGGGAAAGAGACUCGACGUUGAAAGUGCGAUGCGAAGGAAGGUCAUGAAUGGACGCGGC